UCUCAUCUUGCCUCUUCCUUAUUUCCUCUCGCCGUAUCCCACCUCUCCAAAUUUCCAUGUGAACGAGAUCGAGAUCGAGGGAGAAGAACUCGAGCGGGCAGUUGAAGCCGGGCCAUGGAAAUUUUGCUGUAACCGGAGUCGAGGGCGUGUGAUCAGGGGCUGAAGUAUCGACGCCAGAGAUUAGCAACUGGACCGGAACUUCAGUCCUCCUCAUUCCCAAUGCAGAGGAUUUGUCUAACAUGCCACGCCCACUGAAUGCAGAAGAGGAAGAACCCAAUACAGAGGUUCCCCAAGGGGAAAUGCCGAGAGCAUUGGAUCCACUUUCAGUUGUUGAGGUUCUGCCUAAUAACAAGCGGAAGUGUAACUUCUGCGGGAAUGAGUACGUUGGAGACAUGAAGAGGAUCAAGGCGCAGUUUGCUGGGGUAGGAGGAUGUGGAAUUCUUGGCUGUAAGGUCUUGAAUGACCGAGUGAGACCAGAAGCACCAGAGGUGCUGCAGGAUGAAAGAGCAGUGGAAUCGAGCAAGAGACAAGGCAAUGAAGAAGGUUCAUCCAACCUUACACAGAGUUCGCAUCAGCCCUUGACUGCGGGCAGUGAAGUUGCUCGGUGUAAGACUUCAUUUGUUGCCAUGCCGUACCUGAGCUAUGGUGCAGGUUUGUCAACCUUUCUUCCAUCGGCUGAGACGAAUUUUCCCAAUCAGUCUGUUGCUGCUUUAACCAACAUACCACGCCUGCGGAAUGCCAAAGAGGGAGAACUCAAUACAGAGGUUCCACAUGGUGCGAGAACGCAUCUUGGACUGGCUAAGAGUCAACGAGGUACCCGUGGGCUUGCCGACGCGAAUAUGACGUCUCUCAAAAGAAAGCUGGAAGAACUCAUCAGCAGUCGCCGAGCGGACAUGAACGAGCUGAAGUCGAAGUGGACGAGGACAGAAGAAGAAUAUGGGAGUGUGGUUCGGGCAAUCAGAGAAGGAAUAUCUUUUCCACUGGAGAAAGUAGCAGAGGUGGAAGGGCUGUGCAAAGAAGUCGAACAGAUUCUUCUAGUUCCAGGAAGAUUUCGGCAAGAGGCGACGGUUAGAUGUCGCAAAACAUCUCCCUUGGUGACAAUAGAAGAAUUAGUAGGCAAAGAAACUCUGCAGAAGGUGGAUGAGAUUGUUUGCUUUAUAAUGCAGAGCAAGGAUUUCGUAAUUGGUGUUUAUGGUAUGGGCGGAGUGGGCAAGACGGCCAUUUUGAGGAAUGUCUAUAAUAGACUCCUUGAGUAUCGUGCAUUGGAUGUAUUCUGGGUUGAUGUACCUCAGGAUUUUAGUGUUUGUGCGCUACAAGAAGCGAUUGCCAAUGCAGUCGGACUAGACAAUCUUUCAAAUGAGAAGGACUUGAAAAGAAGGGCGGGCCUAUUGUGUGGACAUCUGAAGGUGAAGAAGAGACCCAUCCUUAUUUUAGAUGGCCUUUGGAUGCACUUUGAAGUUAAGGAUGUGGGUAUUCCGGUUGGAAUGGGCAGACUAGGGUUGGUAGUGACAACUCGAUCACUAGAUGUGUGUCGUAUGAUGCUCUGUCAAAAGCAAAUGAAGAUAGAACUUCUCAAGGAGGAAGAUUCUUGGAGGUUAUUUUCAGGACGCGUGGCUUUGCGGGAGAACUAUCUGGGGAAGUUGGACAAAUUGCAAGAUUGCAGGCUGGAGCUUGACGUGUUCAAGAGACUGCAGCUCAGUUACUUGAACUUGGGUAAUGAACAAGUGCAACAGUGUUUCCUGCAUUUAAUCCUUUGUUUUGGAGAUAUCCUUUCAGCAGAUGGCAAAAAGUUUUGCAUAGAGUCUUUGAUAGAUGAGGGUUUGUUAGGUGGAAUUGCCACUAGGAAUAGACUGUACGAACGGGGUAACGAAAUAUUGGGUAAAAUAGAAGGGGCUGGCCUGUUGGAUUUUGAAGAAGGGCAUCGGUGUCUACACCCAUUGACAAAGGACAUGGCAUUGCAUAUGGUGCCGAGCACAACUCACAUGUUUAAGGCCAUUAUGGGUUUGAGAGAAAUACCGGACGACGUAUUCUGGACCGAUCGUCUAGAGAAAGUCUUUUUACAUGGCAACAAAAUAGAAGAAAUCCCAUACGGCGUAUCACCAAAUUGCCCUAAACUGACGAGGCUGUCUUUACAUAGCAAUUCCACCUUGGCAGUCAUCCAUGGAUCUUUCUUUGGACAUCUAAAGGGGCUGACUGUUCUAGAUCUCAGCUGCACCGGAAUCACGGAAUUACCAGACUCCAUCUCUGAGUUGGAGAGCUUGGAAGCACUGUUACUGCAAGGUUGUUCCUCAUUGCGUUUUAUUCCUUAUGUAGGAAAGUUGCGAUCCCUAAGAAAGUUGGACCUCAGUGAGUGUAGAAGUCUUGGAGAAGUGCCAGAGGGCAUGGAGAUGUUGGCAAACCUGAGGUACCUCGCCCUACUUGUUGCAGAGAUCCAGACAUUACCGGAGGGAGUGUUGGGGAAGCUGGUGAACUUGCAAUAUCUCGCGAUUAAUGAGCUAAGGGUGGGAGAAGAGGUAAAAUUACUGGAGGUGGAUGAACUUUAUUGUUCUGUUUCCGAUGUGGAAAUGUUCAAUGCAUGCAUGGGGUGUCUUGAGCGAAAUGGAUCCGCAUGCUACAGGCUCAUGAUGGGUGCACGAAGCGGUGAGGUCCUUUGGGGUGGGAUUGACACUGAGAGGUUGUUACUCAUUGAUAGUUGCGACCGUAUCGCCGGGAGCGUAGAUGGAACAAGUGGUGAUGGCUGCGUUCUGCUUCCGGAAAGUGUGCAAUCAUUGGUAUUGUCCCGGUGUCAUAAAAUGAAGAGAGUGAUGGAAUGGGAGUGGCUGACUGCUCACCUUCCAAAUCUGGAGGAGAUUGUAACCAUUAGUUGUGAGAACUUAGAGGAGAUAAUACAUGGGCCAUUGCCAAGUGAAGCCACUUGUCGCCUUAGACAUCUUGAAGUAAAUGGAUGCAACAACAUGAAGAGGGUGCUGCUGACGCAAGACAUGGUGCUCCAUCUCCCUUUCCUCGAAGAUAUAGUAGUCCACGACAGCAAGGGCAUAGAGUUGAUAAUGGGCACUGUUGCCAAAAUGACGUACUUCUCCUUCCCGAAGUUAAUGAACCUGGUUCUACAUAAACUUCCGGAACUGAAGAGUGUAUGUGAUGGGAUCAUGAGAUGCAAUUCCCUCCAACGGGUUUCUAUAGACAAUUGUCCAAAACUGAAGAGGAUUCCUCUGCAGCUGCCCCUGCUUGACAAUGGGCUGCCUUCUCCUCCCCCUUCUCUUCGAGAGAUUCGGAUAAAUCGGCAGAUGUGGGAGUCGCUUGAGUGGGAUCAUCCCCUUGCCCGUUCUUCACUUGAACACUUCAUCAAGUUUCUUGGUAAGUAA